AUUGCGCCAGGUCGGGCUCCGUGCGGGGUAACUUUCCAAUUAAAACCCCAGCGUCACAGGUGGUUGCCUUAGCGAUGGAUGGGGAGUCAGAACCAAACCCUGCCGUAGCAGAAGAGGCAGGGGAGCGGGUGGAGCCCAUGGAUGCCGCUCCCUCCCCCGAGCAACAGACCACGCCCCCCUCCGAGGUGGCUGGGGAGGCAUUUUCCAUGGUAACGGAAGAAGAAGAUGAAGCCGCAAAGGAGGGGGGCACAGAGGACAAUGAUGAGGGUUGCACAGAGGACAAUGAUGAUGAUGAUGUGGUUCUCGUAGGGGAGGAGGAUCUCCAGCCUUCUGCCACAACCCUCUCCCAAGACACGGCCAGCACAGACUGCCUAGAGCCGGCUGCUGCCGUGGCAACUGUAGACAUGUCCACUGUAGAGAUGACCCCCAGUUCUCCUGCGUCUUCCAGCACAUCCACGGUGGCAGCGCCUCCUAAACCUCCAGCCACAGAAGCAGAGCCAAUUGUCAUUGACGAUGAGGAUGACUCUGAGCAGAAAGAAACCUCCUCCUCCUCACCAGAGCGCCCUGCUGGAUCCUCAGAACCCCACUCGCCAGGUGCACUCAGCAGCACUGAGCCAGAUUCAGAGAUCAGGAUCGCCAGUGUCACCACACUGGGCUCCAGUAGCCAGAAAGGAAGCUCCGCUGUUUCUGCAGUGAAUACGCCACCACAUCCAGUGGACGUCCAGGAAGACUUGAACCUGAUGAUAACCUCGGUGACAUCACUGCAGAGCGGAGCAGCGGCUGUCACAGCGGCAGGUGAGGGCCAGGCAGAGGAAAACGGUCUGCAGAUUAGCAAUGCGUUCAGCCUGAAUCCUGACACCCCAUCUGGUCGACCAACAGCCUCCUUCAACCCUGGGCGGGGCUCAGCCCCCAUGGGCCAGCUGGUACAGAAUGGAGACACAGGGACGCACAACAGGGCAGACUCGUGGAUCUCCCAGUCAGCUUCAGUUCCCCGCAACCAAAAACAGACGGGGGUCGACUCUCCAUCACCAGCCACCUCCCUACCAAAACCUCCAGGCCAGUCUUCCUCAUCUACUUCCUCCUCAGGCUCCCAGCCACAGCCCAGGACAGUCAAGGUGACCUGUGCCAACUGUAAAAAGCCCCUGAAGAAAGGCCAGACGGCCUACCAGCGUAAAGGCUCCACACACCUGUUCUGCUCCACCACCUGUCUCUCUGCCUUCUCACACAAACCCGCCCCCAAGAAGAGCUGCACCAUGUGCAAAAAGGACAUAACAAACAUGAAGGGUACCAUCGUGGCCCAGGUCGACUCCAGCGAGUCUUUCCAGGAGUUCUGCAGCACGGGCUGCCUCGGUGCAUACGAGAACAAGCAAAACCCCCCAAAAUCAGGCCUCAAAACAAAAUGUACUGUCUGCGGGAAGCUCACAGAGAUCCGGCACGAGGUUAGCUUUAAGACUGUGACCCAUAAGAUCUGCAGCGACACAUGUUUCAACGUUUACCGCAGGGCCAACGGGUUGAUCAUGAACUGCUGUGAGCAAUGUGGCGACUACCUGCCCAGCCGAGCAACAGCCAACCACUUCCUGCUGGUAGAUGGCCAACAGAAACGCUUCUGCUGCCAGAACUGCGUCAGGGAGUACAAGCAGGCCCACAGUAAACUUGCGAGCUGCCUGACUUGCAAAACGCUGAUCAAGACAGGCGAGGUGCUGCACAGCCUCGGAGCCGGUGGCACCAUGGGCUCUUACUGCUCUGUCAACUGCAUGAACAAGGGCAAGCUGGCGUCGACCUCCUUCAUCAACACAGAACCCACAUGUCACUUCUGUAAGAGGAAUUCAUUACCGCAGUACCAGGCCACGCUGCCAGAGGGAAACAUCCUCAACUUCUGCAGCUCACAGUGUGUUACCAAGUUCCAGAACGCUACUCUUCAAACCGCCACCAACGGACAAACGCCACUCUCCACCACAAACAACACCGUCCAGCUCAAGUGUAACUACUGUCGAUCAGCGUUCAGCUUGAAGCCCGAAACUCUGGAGUGGGAGGACAAGGUCUACCAGUUCUGCAGUAAGACGUGCUGUGAGGACUACAAGAAGCUCCACUGCAUUGUGACAUUCUGUGAGUACUGCCAAGAGGAGAAGACGCUACAUGAGAUGGUCAAGUUCUCCGGAGUCAAGAGACCUUUUUGCAGCGAAGGCUGUAAGCUGUUAUUUAAGCAGGAUUUUAUCAAAAGAUUGGGUCUGAAGUGUGUCAGCUGUAACCACUGCAACCAGCUCUGUAAGAGAGGUUUGACCCGGCAGCUCGGUGGCAUGACUCGGGACUUCUGCAGCGAGACCUGUGCCAAAAAGUUCCACGACUGGUACUACAAGGCGGCGAGGUGUGACUGCUGUAAGGUUCAGGGUAACCUGACAGAGUCUGUGAUGUGGAGAGCCGAGAUGAAGCAAUUCUGUGACCAGGAGUGUCUAUUAAAGUUCUACUGCCAGCAGAACGACCCCAUAAUGGUCACGCAGAAAGGCCCCGAGAACACCACCCUGGGAUAUGAAAUGCAAGGGGCCAAACUCGGGCUGGUGAACCAGGGUACUGUGGCGUAUGCUGGUGGAGGUUUGAUGAGAGAUGUCAAGAACAAGGCAGUGCUCUGCAAGCCACUCACACUGACCAAGGCUACCUACUGCAAGCCACACAUGCAGAGCAAACUUCUGCAAACAGAUGUAGACGAUGGUGUGAAGAGGGAGUAUAUUCCUGUACCCAUACCUGUGCCUGUCUUCAUCCCCAUGCCCAUGAAUAUGUAUUCCCAGAUCACUCCCACCCCAGUCUCUCUGCCUGUACCGAUUCCUGUGCCUGUGUUCCUGCCCACCACCCUGCAGGGGGCAGAGCAGAUCGUCCAGACCAUCAACGAGCUAAAAAACAAGGUGCCCUCCGACCAUCUGGAGGCCCACCUGCUCUCCAUGGCAGAGAUGAUCACAGAGGACCAGAAGCCAGAUGUGAAGCUGGUGAAGGUGAAGAGGGAGCGUAAAAGGAAGUUCUCCAGCAGCAGCUCUGAGGAAGAGGAGCAGGAGAAGCAGGACAAGGUUGAGAAGGAGGACGAGAUAGAAGAGAAAAAGGAGCAGGAGGAAUUGGAAGUGAAGGAGAACAAGGAAAAGAUAGAAGAGAAAAAGGAGCAGGAGGAAAUAGCAGAGAAGGAGGAGGGAGAGGAGGAGGAGGAGGACGACAAGUAUGCACCCGACCUAGACCUGGAGGCAGACUUCCCUCAAGCCUCAGACCCUGUUCCAGUUGGGGAGGGAACGGACGAGGAUAUGGGCUUCUCUCUACCUCCAGUCCUGGCUGAGGAGAAGCCGGAAGAGUUGGAGGCGUCUGCACCUCGACCACAGCCCAGAAGACAAGGGAACAAGAGGCUGGCGGUGGAGGAGAGCUCAGAUCUGGCCUCGUCCUCUUCCUCCCAUCCAACAGACAGACACUCAGCGGGACGGGCGCUGCCUCUCAAAGCUCGAUAUGGCGUCAAUGCCUGGAAACGCUGGGCGCUAUCUCCUUCUGACCAAUCAGAUGACACCAAAGUAAAGGACAGCUUCAAACCAGCUCGGUCUAAAAGUAACCUGUUGUCGCUGACUUCAGAGGAGUUGAACGUUGCUCUGUCCCGGUUUGUCAGGGAGGUGUGCAGGCCCAGCGGGGAGCGCUACUCUCCAGACAGCAUCCUCUACCUCUGUCUAGGAAUUCAGCAGCAUCUUCACGCCAAAGGCCGGAAGGAUGACCUAUUUAGCGACCCGUGCUACCAGCAGUUUGGAGAGGAGCUUAACAAGGUCCUGAAGGACUGGCAGCCCAGCGUGCUUCCUGAUGGCUCGCUGUGGGGCCGAGUGGAGGAGCAGAGCCUGUGGAGCAGCCGACAGCUCGGGGAGCAGAGUCCGGCCGCUCUGCUGCGCUCUCUGGUUUACCUGAACACCAAAUACUUCGGCCUGCGGACUGUGGAGCAGCACCUCCGCCUCUCCUUCGCCAACGUCUACGGCCCCGACACCGUCCAUCCCGUCACUAAGGAGACGGCCGUCUGCAUCCGCGUGCCUUCCAUCUCUCAGGAUCACCACGUGCAAACCGAGUCGAGGAAGCGUAAGUUGGAGGAAGGUGAUCAGGACUAUGAACCAGACGAUGACUCGGGAGGCUCCGCUGUCCGCUGCCCGGUUAAGAAGCACGAGUGUCACCUUUACGACCUCUACAGAUCUAAGUGCCCAGCAUUGUUACGGGAGCGUCUAGACGUCUUCUACGUUCAGCCGGGUCUGACCUGCGAUCCCGAUGACCCGCAGUGGUUCAGCUCCACGCCGCUGGAGCGACAGAUCCUGGAGAGCCUCCUCACCAGAGUCCUCCUUGUCAGGGACAUUUACACAGACAAACCACACGAGGAAGAAGAGGACAGCGGUGAAGCAGUUGGGGGAGAGUAGCGGUCACUUUGACUUCUGUUAGCAGAGCCUAGACAGUCAACAGAGGAGGAGGAGGAAGCGGAGGAUAGCUAGUAGUGUGUGUGUGUGUGUGUGUG